AGUGUUUUGAAGCAUCGAGCUGUUCCUUUGGCUCCAUUCUCCUUUCCAUAAAAAGCACAGCCCAUUCCAACUACCAGCUUGCCUUGCUUGCGCCGUUCCGUCCCGUGGCCUCACAGUCACAGCUGUGCGUCCUGUCCUGCGUCUUCUUCUUCUGUUGUGCUCUGCCCUGCCCCUUUAAUUAGGACGCUGUCUGCAGGUUCCUGGCUUCUGAAUCCCCAAUCAUAACAAGAACCAUCCUGCUGCCGCUGCCGCUGCCUCUCUUUCCCCUUCUCAUUUUCUCUAGCGAUCGAUCAAGAUUGAAGUGAGACAGAAGGAAGGAGAAAGAAGAGGAGGGAAGAAGAGAGCAGGAUCAGCAGAGAAGUUGUCGCUCUGAUCGGUUCUUCAGCAGGCAUCAUCGUUUUCUAAUGGCCGGGACAGCGGCAGUUCCCAAGUUCGGCUCGUGGGACGCCGAGAACAUCGGCUACACCGUCUUCUUCGAGAAGGUGCGCGAGAACAAGACCGCGCCGGUGCCGGCCACGGCGGCGGCGGCGCCCAAGGGGCACGACGACUACGAGUUCGACCCCUACGAGCACUACGAGAACCUCAGCAGGAAGGCGGCCUCGCGCCCGGCGAGCUCGCACGGACAAAGCCACGGCCACGCGGCGCCGGCGCAGUACUAUGACAACCAGAGCAGAAACGCGCCCUCGCGGCCGGCCAGCUCGCACGGCCAAGCGGCGCCGGCGCAGUACUACGACAACCCGAGCAGGAACCCGCCCUCGCGGCCGGCGAGCUCGCAGGGCCACGGCCACGGCCACGGGCACCCGGCGCCGCAGCAGCACUACCCUGGGCAGCACGGCAACGGUGGCUACCACCGGCGGAACGGGAGCAACGGCAGUAGCGCUGCGUCCGAGGUCAGCAGCCGCGGCAGCAAGUUCUCGCCGCCCAGGCCGUACCAGCCGCGGUACGGCAACAACAACAGCGGCGGCAGCUACCACCAGCCCCAGCCCCAGCAGCAGCAGUACGCCGCCCCGGCGCCGAGGCACCACCAGCACCAGCACGCCGCGCCGGCGCCGAGGGUGGCCGCCUCCCCGCCGCGCCACGCACCCCCGCCGGUGAACGAGCGCCGCCCGGGCCAGGUCCGUGCCGCCAAGGCCCCCUCGGCCGUGCCCAGGUUCGGCGUGUGGGACGAGCAGAACGCGGCGCAGGGCUUCACGGUGCAGUUCGAGAAGGUGCAGCGGCAGCGGGAGGUCGCCAAGGUCGCCGCGCCGGACGUGCCGCCGCCGAGGCAGCAGCUCUCGCCGGACCGGGCGGCGCCCACGUGGGGCCGGCCGCUGAGGAAGCCCAAGAAAUCCUUCCUGUCAAAGGUUUACGGGUGCCUGUUCCCAGUGGUCAGACACUGAUCGAGCAGCUGGAUGAUAAUAUUAAUCCAACCUUAAAGAGUGCUAUACCUUUUGAUCGCAUACGUGUUUUCAGACAGGAACUCUGCACUGUACACAAUAUUUCAUUUGUUUUUCAUCAUAUAUAUAAUCCAUGUAUAUCGAUAUAUCACAGAAGAUAAAAUGUC